AUGUUCUCCCAAGCUCCACGCGCCUGCCAACAUGGCGGCCGACAAUGGCUGAAGCAGCAGUUCACCGCCUACCACCAGAACCGCAUCAACAACAUCCUCACGACCACCACCGCCGCCCGCCGACGCACCUAUGCAACCUCGCUCUCCUCCUCCAUCCGAAUCAGCAACGUACCUGCCCCCCACGCCGGCGAGAUCACCAUCUUAUCGUUGAACCGACCCAAGGCGCGCAAUGCUAUUUCUCAGCAAUUGCUCGGCGAGCUGCGCGAGGUCGUCGAACGGUUACAUGCGGAUGGCGUGAAGAGUGGAAUUCGCGCCAUUGUGCUGGCGAGUGAAAGCGACGAUGCGUUCUGCGCGGGAGCCGAUCUGAAGGAGAGACUCACAUUCACGGAGGAGGACACCCGCGCCUUCCUCGCCUCCCUCCGUGGUACCUUCUCUCGCCUCUCGACGCUUCCCGUCCCGACCAUCUCCGCCGUCUCGAGCACUGCCUUCGGCGGUGGCCUCGAGCUCGCCUUGUGCACCAACUUCCGAGUGUUCGCCUCGACCGCCGUCGUCGGGCUCCCAGAAACCCGCCUCGCCAUCGUCCCAGGUGCAGGUGGAACCUACCGACUACCCGCUCUGAUCGGCGAGACGCGCGCGCGGGAUCUCAUCCUGACAGGCCGCAGAAUCGGCGGGCCGGAGGCAUAUUUCUUGGGCCUGUGCGAUCGUCUUGUGGAAGUCACCGAGGAGGAUACUAAGACUCCCGGUCUUGCGAGGGAGAAGGUCCUGGACCAGGCGAUGCAGAUGGCGAUGGAUAUCUGCGCGGGCGGACCGCUUGCGGUGGGCGCGGCGAUGCAGGCCGUGAAUGGAUGGAAGACUGGCGAGGAGAGUGAGAACGCGGCGUAUGAUAGCAUUCUGGCGACGGAGGACCGAUUGGAGGCGCUGAAGGCGUUUGGGGAGAAGAGGAAACCGGUAUUCAAGGGUCGUUAAAGGAAUAGUUCCCAUACAGUAAUGGCAAUGGCGUGACAGAAAAUGGAGGAAGAGGAG